CUGUAUAAUAAGUUAACUUAGCAUUUUCCCCUUUCAGAUAGGUGGGAAUCGGUACAGGAAAUCUGCAAAAAUCCCCCUUCUGCACUGGCCCUUCUGCCAAAAAAGACGGACGGUUUUCUCCUAGAAAAUCAUCUUCAAUGUCCGGCGAUAUUUCCUGGAUUCUUAGGUAUGCAGGAUCGAUUUCAGCUUUGUCUUCUUCCACGUAAUUCUUGAGGUUGACCAAAUGGGGAUCCGGCAAUGGAGGAACUACAAUAAAAUCAUUCUUAGUAGAAAUUCUUAUCAACAUACGGUUUAAUUACGUUCUUCAAUUAUUUGAGUAAACACUGUAUCUUGAGGAGCAAUAUCUUCAAAAUUUUCAGGCGGCUGUAUAUUAAUUUUAACAAUUCUAGCUAUUCCGCAAGGCAUUACGUGAAACUUGGCAUAAGAUUCUUUGGUGCUCGGGAAAUUUCUGUAUAAAUAUUCCACAAGAAAAAAAAUUUGUUUGAAACGACCUAGAAACGAGAAUCCAUAACCAGGUUGUCCAGUCCAAACGUUUCCAUAUUCGUCAUGCUCGCCAGGAUCGAAGUAAUAAAAAACACCAUCUUGCGACCAUAUAGCUGCGUAUUUGUUUUUAAUAUAAAAUAUCCCCGAUGGGUGUUCAUCGAAAAAUGUUGCAAGAGACUUUUCAAUAAUGCUUUUCGCUUUUUCUUCCAGGGCUGAUGUUAAUUCUUCACUCAGCUCUGCGUUAGGACUUACGAAAAUUGUUAGUUUCUGGUCUCCCAAAAAGAAGGAAGGAUGCACCUUUUCUGGAGGUACUUCUAUAAGGCAUCUGUCACCUUGUUGGGUGCUUCUAACGUAAAUUUCGUCACCUCUAAUUAGGAUUUCGUCUAAUAAGUGUUUGGUCCAAUGAGCCAUUUUAAACAAGUAGGAGUAAACGCAGGCAAUGACUGAAUUACAUGCACCUGAAAUUAAAAAAAAGUCUUACAUUAUUUUGGAUAAAGGCAGGUCAUCGCGCGAGAACUCUUCUUCAAAUAAUUGGAAGCGUGAAGAAGAUUCUAAUAGAUAUUGGUACAGUAGUCACCGCAUUUGGUACAAUUCCCAUAAUAUUGUGAUUCUAUUGUUCGUGAAAAAGUGUUAUUGUUAAUGAACCCGCUUUUAUUCAAAUUCUCACCUUGUAGGCCAUUAGAUUUAAACGAGAAUCUUUUAUGAUAUUGGCUGAAAUGCCCAGUCAUAAUAGUAGCAUCGCCAAUAACGUCAUAUUGAUUCCAAACUUUUUUCAAAGUGGAUAUGGCCAAUUUUUGAGAUAUUCCUUCAGGUUUAACAUAUUUGGGUUCCGGCUUUGGAGGUUUCUUUCUUUUAUCUGGAGGAAUCCACUUCUUGGUGGGUACCGCAGGGUAAUUGAUGACAGGUUUUGGGCGUGCUGCGGGCUUGCGCUUUUUGUGGUCACCUCUAAAAAUACCCCAAAGAAGAUGAUUAUUAUAAACAUUCUUAAUUGUUAGGCACUAACCUCAUUGCAUGGAAUUUUUUCCCAUUGAUUCUUUUUACUAGAAAUUUGAAAUUUAGAUUUGACAACACACAAAAAAUUUAAAAAUUAACUGUCGACGGCAAUGGCUGUCAAUAGAACGUCAAAUUCGCAAUCAUUAUUACCCACAAAAUAUCCUUCUUUUCAUUUAACACAAAUUUUUGUAGCGCCUAUGUUUAGUUCUUAAUCAGUAAAAAUGUCAAAUCCCAGUGAAAAGUCUUCGACUUCUGAAGGAGACGAUGAUGAUUCCAGUAUUGCCUAUCCGAUGUUCCAACCAACCAACAAAUAUCCAGAUCCAGUUAAAAAUCAAAAAAGAAAAGAUCGGGUGUUGUUUAAAAAACCUUUGGAAGUCAUACCAGAACAGCAGAGCAUUAUAAGCGCAAAAAUUACACCUUCUAUGGGGACAAGAAUUGAUCUUCAAUAUAUAGCUCAAACAGUCUUAGAAGAUGACCAGCCACGUCCAAAAUACAUUGUCCCGAAAACUAGAAAGCAAAAGGAGCAAAUGGAAAAAAAUAGGGGGAACACCUCCAAGAAAUUUUGCAAAUAUGAAUCCGUUAAGAUGGCUGAUCCUAUUCCAGGAAAAAAAUUAAGCCGAGAGUUUGAAGUUGCGUCACCAGGACCAUCAAGUGCCAAAGUAUCACCGAGGAGAGUGACACCAACAUCCAGCUGGCUCUAUCCAGACCCUCAAGACUCCAAAGACUUAGCCUUGAGGAAGCCUAAAAGUGGAAUUAUUAUUAAUGUAUCUGACAAAAAAGCGGCUUCUGAGGAUUAUGACAGUUUUGAUUUAGUUUUUAAAAGAACUCCUAGAACUGAAGGGUCGAAGAGGAAGAGGAGCAAAAAAUCAAGUAAAUUAGAUGAUAUUCAGGAAGAAAGUGAGAGAUCUCCAAGGAAAGGCAAGAAGAAGAAGAAAGCGAAAAAGAAAACAGAAGAUUUGUUACCGGAAGAAAAUUUUCUAGCUUUGAUCGAAAAGGAAAUGGAACUACAAGAAAUGUUUGGUGAAGGUGACGGUGGACCGCAAGAUUACUUGACCAAACAAUUUAGAAGAAAAGUGUCUUUGAUGUCUCAGUCUACAUCCUACCAAAUCCAAGACUACGAUUUAGAAAGAGAACCUACCCUGUCACAACCAGGCCUGGAUAAAUUUGCUCAAAAAUUCCGCAGGGAAUCAGAAAUAAAACGUUUCGAGCCCAAAAAGAGACGCUUCAGACGCGGUACUUUAGAAAGUCACUCUUUUACCAACAUUUACCAGCCGAUUUUGAAAGAUUUCUAUUUCGGAUCUAGGCAAGGAACCAUGCAUCAAGGUGAUGAACAUUUGCCAGAAGGUACAAGAAACAUGCAAGGAAUUUGCAUACCAGUGGCGGCAUAUUGCUACUCGUUCCUUAAACAUCCCAAUAAAUGGACUGCAGAGCAUAUAGAUGAAAUAUUAGAUGUUGGUAGUCAGCUAUAUGUGAGCAGUUUAAAGAGUCUCCACGUACAUAAGUUUGGAAAGGACCUCACGCCCGACGAUUUGGACAAAUAUUGCUACAUCCGAAAUAAAAAGAUUCGUUUUAUUAUUGAAGAUCCCGAAGUUGCGGGUUCAAUCAAAUCUAAUGAUAGAACUGUUUUUAAUCUAACUAAAGCGCUGACGAUAUUUUUUGCCCGUCAAAAAGCUGGAAUUUUGCAGACUCAAGAUACAAAUUUAGCCAUAUGGAAGGAUAAAUACUUUUAUUUUUUCGAUGGCAAGCCGAGAACCAAGGAUUUAUAUUACUCGCCUAACGGUACUGCCAUUAUGGCUAAUUUUUACGAUAUUCCAGCAAUAGUCACGGUGAUGUUACAACGAUCUGGAAUGCAAAAUUGGCCGUUUGUUAUUUGUCCGAUUAAAAUUUUCAAGGUUUUGAAUAAAGAUGAAGAAGACGAUGACGAAAAGACUAUGGGCCUUGAUACAAGAAGCAACUAUGAUAUUUUGAAUGAAAAUAAAGCUGUCCUUUUGGGGUCGUACGAUUUGGGUGACAAGUGUUUUGGGUUUACUAGGAAUAAGCAGAGUUUGCCCAUGUCUGUAGUUUGUCUGGUAUAUUCCAGAAUAACACCCCCAAGCGCCUGGCACAAAACCACUGUGGACAAAAUCAUGAUCGUAGGAAACCAACUAUACAUCGAAUGCAUGCAAUGCGAAGCAAUUACCGAGCUCAAACUCAAUACUAUUCCUGCUUUCUUUACCGUCGGUCCUUACAUAAUCGAAAUCCACAUCUUCGUAAACAGAAUGGUCGACAUGAUGUACCAAAAAUGCGAUUGCAAUCUGCAUUGUUGCCUGGAAAAAUAUUUCAAGACCAGCACGAAUGCCAUACUGCAAAUUGGUAAUUCCCAUUUGGCCGUAUGGAAGCAGAGAAACAUGUAUUAUUGUUUUGAUCCUUAUCCACGUGACAGGGAAGGUUACAUAAGUAGAGACGGUUACGCUUGUGUCUCAAUGCACGCUAAUUUGGAAUCUCUAGUGGAAGUCAUAGCGAAUAAUUUUGAUAACAAGGACUUUGUUUUUAAUAUUCAUGCGUUGAAAAUCUGCAAAAUUCAUCGAGAUCCUGUCCAAUCUCGGCGCUUCCCAAAACACAUACCUUUAGAUGAGUUUCCACCAGAAGACUUCAAAACUUACAAAAUGAGAAAAAGCAAAAGACCUGCCACAGAGAAACCGGUUACAGUUGAUUACUCGGCUUUGGCCAUGCGCAAUUUACUGAUGGGCGAGACUCCAGAGCCUUCCAUUUUUGAAACAGGCUCUAACGUUGACAGCUUAGCCUUGGAGCAAAUUCCUCCAUUGCUGCAUGCCGACAGAAUGCCUCCCAAAGCAGAGAUGGCAGCACGAAAACCUCUAGAUAGAGAUGUUAUAGCCGAUUUGGAUUCCCCAAGUUUAUCCGACACUCAAAUACCACCACCUCGUCCGACCCAACCAAAAGACUUGGAAGAUGUGGAGUUUAUGGAUUUAGAUUCGUUUGAACUUACCCAAAAGGAGAUUGAAAUGGAGGAAAUGUACGGUUAUGGGGAAGGAUUUAUGGAUAUCCCAGAAGGUGAUAGUUUGGAAAAAGAAAUUGAUGAAGAAGAAUUCCAGGCCGCAAUGAAUUUGGAACCACAACCGAGCGAAGAAGGGGAGGAUUAUUAUUAUUCUGCCGAUGAGUAUGCGCAGGUCCGGGAGGGAUCGUUGGUACCUCGAGUCAUUUCGGGACAGAUGAAUACAGAUCUGACCUAUUUCCCAAUUAAAAAAGAAAUCCUCUAUCCAACAAACGUCAGAGCUAAGCAGCGAAUGAAAGCCCGAGUCGCUCAAGCAAAAAAACCGUUCGACUGGCAGCAAUCUUUCGAACCAUUAGCACCGGAUGUAACCAAAUCGGAGGAAUUAAACAAAGAAACGAAUUUUGUUGAUCUACCCGAUGAUACCCAAAUAAUUAGAGGAACAAAAAAUAUUGCAGGCUUUGGUGCCGAUAUCGAGUUCAUGGCACCUUUCGUGUGCGUUAUGGCUGAUGUUGUGGCGAAAAAGUAUUCGGUUUUGUCUUGGACACCGGAAAUUAUCGAUUAUGUGCUGAAAUGCGGCUCGGAACUGCAUCAGGCUUCGAAGUUCAGAUAUGAUCAGGUGUCCAAGCUGGAAAUUCCUCAAAUCUCCCUGGGAAAAUCCAAAUUCACUUGCUUAGUAGAAUACGUAUUUGACUCUUACACUAGACAAAAUAUUUUGGAGUUGGCCAUUGAGAAAAUUUUAUUUGUGAGAUCGGAUAUGGGAGUUUUGGUGACACCAACUUACGCUUGCGCGCUUAUUUUCAAAAAUCACCUUUACUACAUGUACGAUGGUUUUGGCAAUAAUGAAGUUGGUUUGAGUGAAGGAAUGUCUGAUGAUGGAGUCGCGUGUUUUUCAAGGUUCAAGGAAGUUCAUUCUUUAGUAACAAGGAUAAUGUAUAAUAAAAAGAAAAGAGAAAGUAACGAAGAUGUUGUUUAUACAAGGUUUGUAUUGAGCUCCGUGAAAGUUAAACGAUUGCAUCCUUCAGAAGAACGAUUCGAUAAAGAUAGAAAGAAGAAAUCUGAUGAAAAAACUGCUGAAGAAGAAGAAGAACUUGCAAACCAGUAUGGUGAAGAUGGUGAAGAUGGUGGUAGUAUCGAAGCUGGAGAUGCCUCAGAGGACGAUGAGAAGAAAAAGGAACCGGAAAAUAAAGUUGGUUACCAAUACAAAAAGGGUAUCUACGUUAUCGAAGGUACCAGAGGAUUGGUUUCUGGUGAAAAUCUUGGGGAAGACAAUGAAGAAGAAGCUAGAGCCAGAAUUAUGAAAUUGGGUGAAGAUCAUUUUGCUUGCAUAUGCGCAUGCCUCAUGUUGCUGUCUUUGCCAAUUGAAAAAUGGGACACUAAAAAAGUGGACGAGGUUUUGGACCAUGGGAAUCACAUUUAUUCCCAUGCGGACGAUUUGGAAAUGUCCGAAAAAAGAACCAUCAAGAAUAUACUAAUUGGUAAAAACUUUUUCGAUAUUAUCGUGAAAAGGGUGAAAAUCGAAAACUCGAGAGACAAUCGAAACUUGAAAACAGGCAUCGAUACUUUGCUACGUAAAAAAAUGUCUUACUUUUUGAUACAAUUUGCCGAUAAGUGUUAUACAGUUCACAAAUCCACCAAUAACGAUAUGUUCCAUAUAUUUUACUCAAGUGGAGUACCACAAGGAAAGGCAGGAAAAAAAGGCAACGAAACUACAGACGAUGAAGAAGAUGAAAGCAGUGGACCUAUGGCGGGAUGGCUGAGAUGUCGAAAUUUGAAGGCCGCUAAAAGAAGGCUCAAAAAAGCAGCUAAAGGUCGCGAAAGUUACGAAUUCUAUACCUUCGAAGUCACUUCUAUAAGGAAAGCUCCAAAAGAUAUGCUCAUCAACUACAGAUUAAACCAAUAUGAACUGGAAAAGCAGAAGCAACCAGAACUAUUUGGUAAACCCUUCUACGAAGACGCAGAAUGGCUUCAAGUCGACCUACUGCCAUGGUCCAGGGUACUCAAUAAAAAUCCCGAAGGAUCUGAUAGAGGCUCUCCAGAAAAUCUUUGGCAAAAUUGGGAUAUUGAAUACAGAAACGACUUGUAUUCUUUAAUGAGCAAUAUUCAUCAAGAUUCCGACAGGUUCCCAGAAGAAGCCCGUGGAAAACAGACACUUUGCAAUCUGGUUACUUGCAUAGGAAUGCUGGAGAUUUACGAUUUGACCGAAUGGAAUUCGGCGGUAAUCGAUUCGGUACUGGUCAAUGGAAAUCGGUACUUUUUGGAGUGUACUGAAGGGAUUAAGGAUGAGGAUUAUGAAAUGUCUGUUGAUGAUUUGAAGGAUUCUUGUGACAUUUUUCCAUUUACGUUUAAAGUUAACAUUAAGCCUGUCGUGGAAGGAACCAUGUUUUUGGUCAGGAAUACUCAAUUUAAUCUUUACAAGGCAUUGCGGUUAUUCUUUGAUCAUUACAAUCGAAGAGCUGGAAUAAUUUGCUGCACGAAAUCCAACAUGAAAAAGCACCUAGCGUUCGGUAAACCCCAAAAGCACGAAUAUUACAUGUUUGAAGCUGAUGCCCAUGGAGAGCCUAUGUUUCUCGACGGUAUGGAAAAAGCGUAUAUUUUACGUAUGACCAGUUUGAACCGGUUGCUGCACGUUUUAACCCUAAUACUUAGAGGGGGAGACUUUUUCGUUUUUGAAGUUAAAAUAAGUGAAGUGAAACCGAUCAGCUGAAGAAUGAAAUAAGAAUUUGCCGUUUUCAAAAUGUCAUUUGUGGCAAUACAAUUCUAAAGACAUAAAAUAAUCGUUUUAUUCUGCUCUUAAAAUAUGCUCUUUAUUGUCUUUAUUGAAUUGUGAAGUACCACUGUCAAAGGUGAGUGAAAUAGGAACAUACUCCAGUGCAUAGAGUAUGAAACAAAAUCCAAUUAGAAAUAUCAGAAUCGAAGCUCUCACUCUACAAUAGGGUUGAUAAGAAGUGUUUCCUCGAUGAUUGGCGUUUGCGGUUUUUUUGCAGUUCAUCUCCAUCCUUUCAAAAAAUAAUCACCCUGUAAAUACCAAUUAGUAAUAUAUGUAGCUUCACCAAGCAAUGGUUUACCAGUUUAGUAGGUCAAUGAUAUUAUCAACAGGGAAGUAUUACAUUGUUGAAAUCGCACAAACAUAAAAAAACCGAUGCACAGCUAGCAUCAGCAUCCGUUUGGAUCAACCUUUCCUCAGGAACGCCUUAUUCCAGGGAG